GCCCUGAAACCAGCGAGAGAGGCUCUGUGUGUGUGUGUGUAAAAUGUGCUUUUCAAAGUGCAGAGAGGUUGAUGGGAAUGUUUGAUUAGCGCCUCUGAAAAGAAAAGGUGCUUGGACCUCUUCCUGGUUCUUCUUUAGAAUAAUUUGGAUGGGAUUUGUGAUGCAGAACAGCUUCAGGGGAAAAGGACAUCCAUUCUGUAUGGUGGGAAAUCACUGAAAAAAAAACAUUGCUUUCUUCAAACAAGGGUGCCACUGGGAGCUUUAUGGGACCCACUGUUCUCACGAUGAAGGCAUCUGUCAUUGAAAUGUUCCUUGUUUUAUUGGUGACUGGAAUACAUUCAAAUAAAGAAAUUGCAAAGAAGAUUAAAAGGCCCAAGUUCACUGUGCCUCAGAUCAACUGUGAUGUCAAAGCUGGCAAGAUAAUCAAUCCUGAGUUCAUUGUGAAAUGCCCUGCUGGCUGCCAAGACCCCAAAUACCACGUUUAUGGCACUGACAUCUAUGCAUCCUACUCCAGCGUGUGUGGGGCAGCAGUGCACAGCGGAGUGCUCAAUAAUUCGGGAGGAAAAAUACUUGUUCGGAAAGUUGCUGGACAAUCUGGUUAUAAAGGGAGUUAUUCCAAUGGUGUCCAAUCCCUCUCCCUUCCACGAUGGAGAGAAUCCUUCGUCAUCUCAGAAAGUAAGCCUCAAAAGGGUGUAACCUACCCAUCAGCUCUUACAUAUUCAGCCUCCAAAAGCCCAGCUGCCAAAGCAGGCAAGUAUGAGAUGACAAAAGCCUUUCAUUUGCCAUUUCUUCCAGGGACAACCACACAGCCAAUCACCCUGAUGCCAACUCUGGCCACCACCGUAGCUGAGGACACCCACACGAACUUGCCAAGGCCAUCCCCACCCGCAGCCUUUGCUGCCAGCAGUCCAAGACCACAGCCUGUGGGACACAGAAGCCGGCAGACGGAUUUCUGGUCCUCUACCGCCUCCACAAGCAGCCAAACCAGCGCCGGUGCCAACACAGGCAGCCCAAGGCAGGAUUAUGUGGGAGCUGCCUUCCAGCAACCCAUGGGAGCAGAUGCCAGCCUGGGAUUUGUUCCAAAAGAAGAAUUCAGCACACAAUCUUUGGAGCCAGUAUCCCAGGGAGAUCCAAACUGCCGGGUUGACUUGUCGUUUUUAAUCGACGGGAGCUCCAGCCUUGGCAGACGCCGAUUCCGAAUCCAGAAGCAGUUCCUGGCUGACAUUGCGCAAGCCCUUGACAUUGGCCCUGCAGGUCCACUGAUGGGCAUUGUUCAGUACGGAGACAACCCUGCGACCCAGUUUAACCUCAAGACUCACAUGAAUUCCCAGGAUCUGAAGGCAGCCAUAGAGAAAAUGGCCCAGAGAGGAGGUCUUUCCAAUGUUGGCCGAGCCAUCUCCUUUGUGACCAAGAACUUCUUUUCCAAAGUCAAUGGAAACAGAGGCAGUGCCCCCAAUGUGGCAGUGGUGCUGGUGGAUGGCUGGCCUACAGACAAAGUGGAGGAGGUUUCCAGACUUGCAAGAGAAUCAGGAAUCAACAUCUUCUUCAUCACCAUUGAAGGUGCUGUUGAAAAUGAGAAGCACUAUGUGGUGGAGCCCAACUUUGCCAAUAAGGCUGUGUGCAGAACAAAUGGUUUCUACACAUUCAAUGUGCAGAGCUGGUUCGGCCUCCGCAAGACUGUGCAGCCCCUGCUGAAGCGGGUCUGUGACACUGACCGCCUGGCCUGCAGCAAGACGUGCUUCAACUCAGCCGACAUUGGCUUCGUCAUUGAUGGCUCCAGCAGCGUAGGGACAGGCAACUUCCGCACGGUUCUUCAGUUUGUAGCCAACCUCAGCAAGGAAUUUGAGAUUUCCGAGACAGACACGCGCAUCGGGGCUGUGCAGUACACCUACGAGCAGCGGCUGGAGUUUGGGUUUGACAAAUACAGCACCAAGUCUGACAUCCUCAAUGCCAUCAAGAGGGUGGGCUAUUGGAGCGGUGGCACCAGCACAGGGGCUGCCAUCAACUACGCCCUGGAGCAGCUCUUCAAGAAAUCCAAGCCCAACAAGAGAAAGUUGAUGAUCCUCAUCACUGACGGACGGUCCUACGAUGAUGUCCGGAUACCAGCCAUGGCUGCCCAUUACAAGGGAGUGAUCACCUACGCAAUUGGUGUGGCGUGGGCAGCACAGGACGAGCUGGAAAUCAUUGCCACUUACCCUGCCAGGGACCACUCCUUUUUUGUGGAUGAGUUUGACAACCUCUACAAAUUCGUGCCUCAGAUCAUCCAGAACAUUUGUACAGAGUUCAACUCACAACCACGGAACUGAAAUCACAGCAGGCAAAGCACCAGCAAACACUGCUUGACGGACUGACUCUGGACAGUGCCCAUGGCUGUGUGUAGGGCACACAGGGUGGUAAGGCUUGGGUGGGACCUGCGGGAACAGACGUAUUGUUACUAAUUUUUGCCAUCAUGGUUUUUCAUGCUUCAAAAUUUGGAAUUAGAAAGAUGACCAUCAAUUUGUGGAACAGGCCAACCUAGUGCACCAUUUUGAGGGAAUUGAGUAUUUCAAAAUACACGUACAGAAUAGAGCAUAGCACCUAUGUGGGGUGUAGAUGGAGCCUUUGUGAGGGUUUUCUUAAUUUCUCAUUAAAACUCUGUAAAUCUCAACAUGCUUCCUUUUUGUCAUGACAACAAACAUAAUAGUUGCUUAAUUAAAUGUUGACAAGGAUUUCAAG